AUGUCGCACGGCGGCGGCGGCCCAAGCGGCAAUCGCGCCGACGGCGACAACAACUCCGUGCCCGGCAACUACCCGGAGCACCCCUCCUAUCCGGACAUCGAACAACCGGAAAUGGAGGAAGCAACUCGGCAUCAAUCCGCGUAUCGGCGGAGCCAGAUCCGGAACCUACAUCGUACCGCCGCAGAGGCCCCUCCUGCGACCUCUGCCUUCGGAGAUACCCCGGCUCGGUCAAGAGCAAACACGGCAAUUCGCGCCGGAUCCGACAGUGGCUCCGACUCCAUCAUCCUUCGAGGAAGCGACGGCAACGAUUACAAGCUCGGCAACAACAAGACCUCUGUCCGAUACUUGCAUCGCCAGAUUUCCGCUCAAGAGGCUCGCACAGAUGCCCUCGUGGAUCGCAUGACGGCAACCGUCGUGGAAGCGAUGGACAAAAGCUUCAGGGCGUUUGAGGGCAAAUUUGAGAAACGCCUCCAGCGAUUGGAGAACGGUCCUCAACAGCGCGACGCCGCUCCACGAGGCGAACAAUCCGGCUUCGCCAUUCCGCCCGAAGGCGUGCGACUGGGCGCCCACGACAAUCUUGAUCAGCCCUCGCCUCCGGAAAACUUCUAUCGCCAAAUGGCUAGCGGAUCUCGGCCCCCGAUGCCGGCUGCGACGCCGUCUCGGUCGGCCCCACAGGAGCCGUAUCGACAUAGGGAUCGCCAUCCUGGCGGUCCGCCUCCCGACCGCGAGCACCUCCGUGGCGCACGCGAAGGCACUUGCGAUUCAAUCCUUUCGCAGCCAAGCCGAAACCCAGACAAGAUCAAGCGAGAAGAAAUCGGCAUUUUUAAUCCUGACUAUCCGGACCCGGACGACCUUGGUAUCGUGCAAGACGGUAAAAACCUUAUCUUCACUGAUGUCUACAGCUUUGUCGACCGAAUCGCAACCUUUACCGAGAGUCUGGGUGAGGAGGCAUCCCGUCAGAUCCUAGGGCACUUCCAAGCCAUUCUUGGCGGCUCAGCCAUCCUCUGGUGGACCAACGAGCUGAUGGCGGCCCGCCGUAUUGAACUGCGGUCGGCAGGCCUACUCGCCAUCCUCGACGAACUGAUUGUUAGAUUUGGCCCAGAUGCCGCCAACGCGACCAAGAGUUUCUACGACUGCAAGUUGUACCUUCGCGAUGUGGCCGCUGACGAACAGGCAUUACAACAAUUUGUUCAGAAGAAACUACGCUGGGCACGCUCGAUACGCAUGCUCGGUCCAGACCAUUCUAACUGGAGCAGUGCCAUGAUGAUGAUAUGGAGUCAUAUGGAAUUUGAAAUUCAACAAUGCCUCCCUCGACCAGAUGAGUUUGCCAGCCUCUCGGACUAUAUGAAAAAGAUCGAGAAGUCUCGAAUCAUUGUCAAUUCCGCCGCGCUCAAAUACUAUCCACAUUUGGUCAAGAAAUCCUCGAACAAAACCAGCCUGAAGUCGCUCGACAAGGUCGAAGACCGGCCUCGAUCCUCCCGAUCUUCUGACCGCCGCGAGCAGUCUCGCAGCAGCCGUCGCGAGGAACGUUACCGGGACGAUGAGUAUCGCCCUCGUGACCGCUACCGCGAUAACCGUCGUCGUGACCGAGAUGGUAAUCGUGACCAGCGGAAAGACUACGACCGUCGCGACAAGGAAAGGGAUGAUCGCGGUAAACGGGACGAGAAAGACAGGAAGCAUCGAGAUGACCGCUACCGCAAGGACGAUCGAGAUCGUGAUCGCAAGCGCGAUCAUGACCGAGUACAUUUCGCAGAGAUUGACGACGACUCAGGAUCCGAUGCUGACCACUCGGAUGCCAGUUCAAGCGUUUCCUAUCCUUCUGACAGCGAAGUCGACAUCGCCUGCCUUGUUUUCGAUGCUAACCGAACAUGCCGCAAAUGCCACAAGGAAUUUGACGAUAAAACGGAGCUACGCCACCAUGUCAAGACAUGCGAAGUCAAAGGCCCUUUACGCUCACAACGAAAUUGUCAAGCCAAUCUGCAAAAUCCAGCGCGCCGCACCUGUGGGCACUGCGGGGAGCUGGCCGGCUCCCGCAACGCCCUGUUCAAGCAUCUGAAGCAUUGUCAGGGGGCGAAGAGCGGCACAUUUGACCGCCCGGCCGACCCCGGCAUCGACGAAGCCGGCGCGGCUCGGAUCGCCCGCGAACCGGCACCUGACGAUACCUCGGAAGCUCCUGAGGACCUCGGCGAGAUAAACUUCGUCAAGGAAGCUCCCACACUCGGCGACGACAAACCUCUUGAAGGCCCCCUGGGCAACUUCACGUACUUGCGCGUGAAUGCCCGCACCUCGCCAAAGAAGGGAGACGUCGAAGUCUGUUUCGACCCCGGUGCCGGCCGUUCGAUUGUCGGCCGCAACUUCCUUCGCAACCUCGACUAUACUAUCGAGAAACGGGAGGGAAAAGUCUCUGGCAUUGGAGGAGGCAUUUUGAAGCUUAAGGAAUGGGCGACCUUCAGCCUCUAUCUUCCUGGUGUCGAAAACGGGAAGAAAACAUUGUUCAAGUUCACCCGAGGCGCCUGGGUAAUUGACAAGCUUCUUCCUAACCUCCUCCUCGGAAACGACUUCAUGGAUCCUUACCGCGCCAACAUCGACUACGACACUAAGAUCGUACAUCUGCGCGCCAUCGACUUUGCCGUACCUUUCUCCAUUCGAGUACAUUCGGUGCCCUGCGUUCGGCGCGUGAAGACAACUCGUGCCAUUACACUACUCCCGGACCAGGAGGCGAUGAUUCCCGUCAACUACAAACCGCUUCCCAAAGGGCGUUCGUUUCUUUUCAACGCGGAACACGACGCAGCAUUUCACGCAGUCAUUACGGCAAAAACCCCCAAGGUGGUAGCCGUCAAGAACACUUCCCGCGGAACAAUUACCAUCCCGAAGAGAUACCCCGUUGGAAAGAUUGACGAGAACCACGACAGUGGGUUCCUGGCUUGUUCCUGGAAUACAGCUUUUAAGACGAUGGCAGUGGGCGCGACAUUGAUGUCAAUGGCGAAACCUACUACAAUUAGCGAUAUCGAGCCGGCCAACUUCGCCCUGCAAAAUACCAACUCCCUGCCAGUCAGCGCCGAAUUUGACUUCGACAAGCGCACCGCCGCCGUAGCCGAACAUGACCUCGGCCUGCGCGCGCCUGAUGCUCCCACGGUGGAAAACUAUAACGGCACUUCGUCAACGCCGGUGAGCGACUAUGUCUACCAACUCACCCGGGAUGUGACGGUGGACCUGCCGAUCAAUGAUCAGACCUCUGAACAGCCUGAUCUCCCUGUCGUUCCCGAAAAACAGUCCACCCUCGGCAUUCGGAUGGUUGACAACCUACCCGAAAUUGUUACGAAGGAGGGAGUCCAUAUCUUCGCAGAAAACUCGCAAUUGGCCGCCCGCUUUGCUGAACUUGUGCGACGGCUCCCGAGGCUCUGGGAGGAUACAGGUCUUAUAAAACUGCCGCCUGAACAGCUCAUGCGAGUUCCGCUCGUGGAAGGAUGGCAGAACCAGCGGGUCAGCUCCUGUUCUUAUCCUCUCAGCCGCCGCGAUCGUCAGCUGUUGGACGAAAUCUUCGACGGUCUUCAUAAACAGGGAAAGAUGAUCUGGGCUACGCGUGCAACGCCGUUUGCGCAUCCAGUCUUUGUCGUCUGGCGAACGGUCAAGGGGGUAACCAAAGGUCGAGUGGUCAUCGAUCUGCGCGGAUUGAACCGUGUGUCAGUCCCUGACAACUACCCUCUCCCUUUGCAAGCGGAGAUCAUCGGCAGUCUGCGAGGAAAGCGGUACAUCACAGCGAUCGACGCCACAGCGUUCUUCUAUCAAUUUGGCCUCCAUCCACCGCAUCGAGAUCGCUUUACGUUGAUCAGCCCUCGCGGACUCGAACAGCCAACAGUGUGCCUCAUGGGAUACCGAAACUCGCCUGCCCACGUUCAACGAAUUAUGGACCAGCUCCUUAAGCCGCAUGCGGAGUACGCCCGUGCCUUUAUCGACGACAUCGUUAUCUUUUCGAACGAUGCCGAAGACCACCUGAAGCACCUCGAACGCAUCUUUCGGUUAUUCCACGACAAGAACGUCGCCAUCGCGCCCACCAAAUCCUUCAUCGGCUACCCCAGCGUGGAACUGCUCGGCUUUCGCGUGGACAGUUUGGGUCUGACCACCACCGCUCAACGUGUGGAAGCAUUUCGCAAUUUAGCUUUUCCCAAGACUUUGAAAGCUCUGGAACAGUGGAUUGGCGCCACUGGCUUCCUUCGGCACCUGAUUCCGUAUUACGCCCAACUGUUGGAGCCACUUCAGAAACGCAAAACGGCUUUGCUGGCGCAGGGCCGCGAAAAUGGUCAACUGGUUUCCGGCAAUCAGGGAAAGAGAGCCAACUACUGUGCGAAGACGACAUUCGAGCCCUCGGAAGCAGAACGUCUGUCUUUCGACUCAAUCCAGAAGGUUAUCUGCGCGGAGAACCCAUCGAUCUUGUACCAUUUCGACCCCGACAAGCCGCUCUUCUUGCAAGUCGACGGCUGUUUGGAACGCGGCUGCGGCGUCAUGGUCUUCCACGUACAAGAUGGCUACGAAUGGAAACCGGGAUCCGUCAUUCCAUCCAAGCAAGUUCAACCGGUGAUGUUUCUUAGCCGAUGCCUGACAAAAGCCGAACUGCGAUACGGUCCAUCCGAACAGGAGGUUGCAUGUCUGGUUUGGGCAGUCAAGAAACUUCGAACAAUGAUCCAUUCGUCGCGCCAUCCUGUCAAUGUCCUGACCGAUCAUUCUUCGACACGCGGUAUUGUGGAACAAACCCGUCUCGACACUUCGUCAACCGACCGCUCGAAUCGACGGCUGAUUACCGCAUCAGUCUAUCUCUCGGAAUACGAUCUCAAGGUCUUCCACUUGCCAGGAAGAUUGAACUUCGUUCCCGACGCAUUGAGCAGGCUUACCGCCGUGCAGGAUAAACCGGAACGGGAAGAAGGCGAAGUCAUUCUCGACAACGUCAUGUUCGCCUGGGCAGAGGCGCAAAUGGAUGAUUCCUUGAAAAACGAGUUUAUCGCCGCUUACCACGAAGACUCGAAAUACAGCGCCAUCAUCAAGGACUUGAUCAGCGGCGAACCCGCUGAGGGCAGCGGAGAAUUUUUUCGCCCCGGCCUGCCAUUCGUGUUGACGGGGGGACUUCUCUACAAUAUUCGCCCAGACGGCUUGCGAUCCAUUUGCAUUCCGCACAAGAUGGUCAAAACAGUGCUGAGCAUGGUCCACGACCAGAAGCAUCAUUUCGGUAUUGACCGUAUGCUUUACGAUCUUCGUGGUGUCUCAAUGGUGAACAAGACUCGCCAGGUCAGGAAGUUUGCCCAGCACUGCCCGCAGUGCAACGUUGUAAGCACAGAUCGACAGCCUCCCAUCGGCACUCUACAGCCAAUUCGACCUGCAGACACUCUCCCGAUGCGAGUCAUCGGCAUUGAUUUCAUUGUCGGCCUCCCAACGGUGCCCUCUGAAGGCUCACCGUGGCAACUAAAAGGCAAGGUCAGUUUCGAUAGCUUACUGACAGUGUCUUGCAAGUCGAGCAAGCGAACACUUCUGAUCCCCGGCCACACAACGUACACGGCACAACAAUGGGGACAAGUCCUGAUGCGACAAUUGUUUCUUUCCGACUGGGGAGUUCCAUCUGCCAUCAUUUCUGACCGGGAUCGCAAAUUUACGUCAGAAUUCUGGCAGGGCAUGUGGGAGUCGCUGGGAACGAAGCUUCUGAUGACGGCGGCGUACCACCCGCAAUCCGACGGUCUGGCUGAGCGAAAAAACCAGACAGUCGAAAUUGCAAUGCGGUUCUUUGUCUUCGAACGACCAGAGGCGAAUUGGACCGACCUGAUCACCCCACUGCAAUGGAAUCUCAACAGCAGUUACUCCGCACCAAUUCAAUCGUCGCCGCACGAGCAGCUCUUCGGAUUCAAGUUGCCGGGACCUUUUGAGGCUUUGGCUAUACCACCAUCGGUGGAAAGCGACAUCCCAUCUAUGCGAGAAUCGCUUCGGGAGGAUGCCCGUCUAGCGAUGGACUUUGCAGCCGCCCGCGCGAAAAGGCGGUACGAUGCAAACCGUCGCGACAUCGAGUUCAGGGAAGGCGAUAAGGUUUAUCUGCGCCUGCACAAGGGUUAUCACCUACCUGGAAACCCACCUCGGAAACUUUCGCAACAACGCACAGGACCGUUCGAAGUUGUACGCCGCGUCGGCCGAUUGGCAUACGAAUUGAAGUUUCCCGAGAACAUGGGCAUCCACCCGGUUAUCUCCAUUGCGCAUCUGUCGCCAACGCCACCCGGCAACGAUCCGUUUGACCGACACCCCGUGCCACCCGGGCCAGUGGAAGACUCGCAAGCUUCCACCGAUUCCGCUCCCGGAGAGGACUACGAGGUCGAAGUCAUUUUGCGCCAUCGCGUGACACGGCGCAAAUACGAAUAUCUUAUUAAAUGGAAAGGAUGGGGACACGAGCACAACGUCUGGAAGACAGAGUACGAAUUGCGACACACGCCUCGCCUUCUGAAGGAAUACUGGCAACGGCAAGGAGGCCAACCGGCACUACCCGGCGACGACGCCACCGAGCCGCGGCGUAAGCGUGGCCGCCCGCGAAAGAACGUCGCUCCAGCGGAAGAAGCUCCCGCCGCAAACAGGGAGCCCGAGGUGCCUCCGAAAGAUGGUAGACGGCGUAGCCGGCGGUUGGUGCCGACCGGGACGAUGCCGACACCCGCCUCGGAGGAGGCGACGCCCGCAUCUACAACAGCGGCACCACAAUGA